CGUUUAUACACUAGCCUCGAGCUAUCUUUUAUUGUACUCUGUAGACCUUGCUUUAUUCUUCUACUUGACUUCUUUCUGUAAAUGGCAAACAACGGCCACUCUGCUCACCACCUACAGAAUGGUCCCAACAGGGGCCAUGCUGAUGAAUGGAAGCGUCAACUGGCACUUCCUGAAAAAGACACUCGUCCUCAAACCCAAGAUGUCACUGCAACUAAAGGAAAUGAAUUUGAAGACUACUUUUUGAAGCGUGAACUCUUGAUGGGAAUUUUCGAAGCCGGGUUUGAACGACCAUCUCCGAUUCAAGAAGAAUCCAUUCCAAUUGCACUCGCUGGUCGAGAUAUUCUUGCUCGUGCUAAAAACGGAACUGGAAAAACUGCUGCUUUUGUCAUUCCUGUGCUGGAAAAAAUCAAUAUCCAAAAAAGCCAUAUUCAAGCUCUACUUUUGGUUCCUACAAGAGAGCUGGCAUUGCAAACCUCGCAGGUCUGCAAACUUUUAGGAAAGCAUAUGAAUGUUCAGGUCAUGGUUUCAACGGGCGGUACCACUUUAAAAGACGAUAUUUUGCGACUAGGACAAACCGUACAUAUUCUUGUAGCUACACCGGGCCGAGUUCUGGAUCUUGCAGGCCGAGGUAUUGCCAAUCUUUCCCAAUGCCAAACCUUUGUCAUGGACGAGGCAGACAAACUUCUUUCUCCUGAAUUUGCUCCGAUUAUCGAGCAGCUUAUUGCUUUCUGUCACAAGUCGCGCCAAAUCUUUUUAUUCUCAGCCACAUUUCCUAUGAUGGUGAAAACCUUCAAGGACAAGUUUCUUCAAAAGCCUUACGAAAUCAAUCUUAUGGAUGAGUUGACGCUUCAUGGUGUUACUCAAUACUAUGCGUAUGUGGAGGAAAGGCAAAAGGUUCAUUGUCUCAACACCCUAUUUUCCAAGUUGCAAAUUAAUCAAUCGAUCAUUUUUUGUAAUUCUACCAGCCGGGUAGAGUUGUUGGCACGAAAAAUCACAGAGCUCGGAUACUCUUGUUUUUAUAUUCAUGCUCGUAUGAUGCAGAGUCAUCGAAACCGUGUUUUCCACGACUUUAGGAGCGGCAAGACUCGCCAUCUUGUGUAUCUGUUGACACGUGGUAUUGAUAUUCAGGCCGUUAAUGUCGUCAUUAACUUUGAUUUUCCAAAGAAUGCAGAAACAUAUCUGCAUCGUAUUGGCCGCUCUGGCCGGUUUGGUCACCUCGGACUUGCCAUCAAUUUGAUUACUUAUGAUGACAGGUUUAGUUUGUACAAAAUUGAGCAAGAGCUGGGUACCGAAAUUACACCUAUUCCACCUGUUAUUGACAAGUCUCUGUAUGUGGCACCAGAUGCGUAG